GCGGGCUUGCGCCGAGGACGAGCGUGUGCAUUCAUCUUGGUGCUCUAGCCUCAUCGUCGCUAGUCAUUCCUGAGAGUGCCUCCGUGCUUCAGCUGAUCACAGCACCGUCUUUCCUAAACACACAUCACCAUGUCUAGCGAAAAGACAGAGAAGAAGAAGAAGACAAAGAAGGCUGAGGGAGAUUCCAGCAGUGGGUCCGGAAAGACGAAGAAGAGAGCACAGCGCGCCACAUCCAAUGUGUUCUCCAUGUUCGACCAGAGGCAGGUCCAGGAGUUCAAGGAGGCAUUCACACUGAUCGAUCAGGAUAGAGAUGGAUUCAUCAGCAAAGAAGAUCUCGCUGGAAUGUUCGACUCACUAGGACGAACGGCCAAGGACACAGAACUUGAUGAGAUGCUCAGUGAGGCACCAGGUCCCCUGAAUUUCACAAUGUUCCUGCAGUUGUUCGGUGAACGAUUCUCUGGGUCUGAUCCAGAAGAUGCCAUCCUCAACGCGUUCAAGCUUUUCGAUCCAGAGGCCACUGGAGCGGUCGAUGCCAAGAAACUGAAAGAACUUAUUCAGGGAAUUGGAGACCGAUUCGACAAGAAGGAGGUGGAACAGCUCUUCCAGAACGCACCAGUGACUAAGGGCAAGUUCGACUACAAGGCCUACGCCCACACCCUCACGCACGGCGAGGAGGAGCUCGAACAGAGCUAAACACCGCGAUCAGGAAUGGGUGACACCCGCCAAACAGCACCAUCCCGCGCGGGGACCAUGAGGUCGGGAAACUCCGCAUCGCUGAAGUGUCACGACAUCACUAAGCCUCUGGAUCAAACACCAAAGUUGAAGCACCGUUAAUACGACGUAGUGUAGUGCUCCGUUCACCAGCUGCACAACGUCGUUGCACCUCAGGACGCUGAUACUGCAAGCGAUGGGUUGAUUUUGUUGACUAAAUGGAUUCUUGUUAAAGAUGAAUCGUUGUACUGUCAUCGUCAGCGUUUACUGUGCUGUUGUAAAAACUGUCAAAUUAGGGUGGAUAUUAUUGCUGAGUGGGGUGUCGUUUAGCGUUCUAAUCAACAUAGUAACACGUGCAUCAAUGCAUAGUUAUUGCUCGCCUUGCCUGAUUCUGCAAUAAUAUUCACCAAUGUGCAAAAUGUGUGUGCGUGCGUGUGUGUGUGUGUGUUCGUCUUCUGUCGCAUUUCUGAAAAUCACAGCUUACUAAUCGGCUUUCGAGCCCGGCUUUCAGUUGCCCACUAUACAGCAAUCAGGACUCCUUCAUUUCACUUUCGCUUUGCUACGUACAUUCUUGUAGUAUUUAAACUCAGUUAGAUUUCAUCCGUUGUGGGCAACUAGAAAGCUAAAGCUAAAUCGUCAAAAUCAAUACCAAGAAAAUAUUAACUGCCCAGUCUUACGUCCUUCAUUUCUUUCUCAAAUAAAUAUCAUCUGGAUAAUUUUUUGUCCGUUUAUCUUCAUUGAUUCUGUGAAACUGUUUCAUACGGAGGUGGUAACGUAGUAAGUAGGACAAGUACUUGGUCUACGCAAGCCUAGACAGUAGAGUGAGGAGUGUUUGUAUAUUGACAAAAAUCCAGUAAAAAUAACCUGUGCACAGCAA